AUGGCUACUCACCGUGCAGAUGCCAGCAACUUUCUCGACAACCGAGGAUACUCCGGUCCCUUGGUGCGUGGCGUCAACCCGGUCACAUUGUUCGAAAAGGCCGUGCGCGAUCGGAUCACAGACUCCUAUUACUGGAAAGAACAAUGCUUCGGACUGAACGCAGCAACAUUAUGUGAUCGCGCAGUGGAGUUGAGCUGCGUGGGCGGUACCUAUGGAGUCUCUGAGAAGCCUACGCCUUUCCUCUGCCUUGCCUUCAAGCUUCUUCAGCUCAACCCCAGCCGAGACAUCAUCCUCGAAUACUUGAACUUCUCCGAUCCUGGCAGUGAUGAAGACGGUGAGAAUCCUGAUAAUGGCGUCCUGCGGUCUCGCGGAGACUUUAAAUAUCUCCGAGUUCUCGCCGCUUUCUAUGUACGACUCACCUUCGACGCCGUGGAGGUGUACAAAACUCUGGAGCCUCUACUUCUCGAUUAUCGAAAAAUCAAGCGCCGAGUUCGGGACUCUUUCACCCUAACCUAUGUUGAUCAAUUCAUCGAUGAUUUGUUGACUAAAGACCGUGUGUGCGGCACGAGUUUAUGGAAAUUGCCUCCCCGGCAACAGCUAGAAGAUCUUGAUUUGCUGGAUGAGCGGAUAAGUCCUCUCGCCGACGAGCUUGAGGAACUUGAUCGAGACAGCAACGACGAGGACGGAAAAUCAGAUCGCGAGUGCGACCGCAGCGACGAUGAUUCCCCAGGAAGAAGAGACGAAGGUGAAGACUGA